AUUUUUACUUUCACUUUGCAGCACGAUGGCGCAGCUCGUUUCUCCCUGUAAAGAUUAAAGUGUGUGAGCUGAUGCAGGUCUGAGAUCAGCAACAUGGAUCAGAGUGAGGAGAGAGAGGAGGAAGAGAAGGUGGAGCACACCAGAGCUCAGAGGAUCGAUGAGGGACCAGAUUCAGCUAAAAUUGAACCUGAAGCUGAAUCUGAGCCUGAGCCGAGCCUUGUGUCCUUUAAGAGUGACUGGUCCACUGAUCGUGAGAUCUACUUUAAACGAGGCCAAAAAUUCUCUGCUCCAAAGAGAAUCUAUGAGGGACCAGAUUCUGCUAAAGUUGAACCUGAAGCUGAGCCUGAACCCAGCUGUGUGUCCGUAAAGAGUGACUGGUCAACAGAUCGUGAUAUCUAUUUUAAACAAGGACAACAAUCCUCUGCUGCAAAGAGGAGGAAGAUGAAAACACCUGAAUCCAGCAGUGUGUCCUUAAAGAGUGACUGGUCCACUGAUCGUGAUAUCUACUUUAAACGAGAACAAAAAUCCUCUGUCGAAAAGAGAGUCGACCAGGAGAGCUCAGAGGUUCCCAGUGGUCAUUCUGCCCAGCAGCAUCAAACACCCCUGGACUCAGUAUUUAUGCUGCUGGAGGAGAACAUUGUCAUGUAUGUGAAGGAUGAGCUGAAGAAGAUCCAGAAGGUUCUGAGUCCAGAUCACCCAGAGAGCUUAGAGAGCCAGAUGGAGGAUGAGGAGGUGCUGGAUGGCAGAGAGGAAGAACAGAGGAGGAGCAGCAGAGAGGCCUUCUUGAAGAUCACAAUGCACUUCCUGAGGAAAAUGAAGCAGGAGGAGCUGGCUGACUGUCUGCAGAGCAAAAGUCAUGUUGGCGCUUGUCAGAGUAAACUCAAAAGUACCCUGAAGCGGAAGUUCCACAAAUUUUUUGAGGGGAUCACUAAAGCAGGACAACAAACCAGUCUGAGCCAGAUCUACACAGAGCUCUACCUCACAGCAGGAGGAACUGGAGAGGUGAACGCUGAACAUGAAGUCAGAGAGAUUGAAACAGCAUCCAGGAAAACUGCCACACCGGAAACAACAAUCAAACAAGAAGACAUCUUCAAACCCUCAUCUGAAAGUCAUCAGCCAAUCAGAACAGUGAUCACAAAAGGAGUUGCUGGCAUCGGGAAAACGGUCUUAAUACAUAAGUUCAUUCUGGACUGGGCUGAAGGCAAAGCCAACCAAGACAUAGAAUUCAUAUUUUUAUUCACCUUCAGGGAGUUGAAUGUUCUGAAAAACAAAAAGUUCAGUUUGGUGGAACUCAUUCAUCAUUACGUCACUGAAACCAAACAUGCAGGAAUCACACAGUUUGAAGAGUUGCAGGUUUUGUUUAUCUUACACGGUCUGGAUGAGUGUCGAAUUCCUCUGGACUUCCAUAAGAAUGAGAUCCUGACUGAUGCUACGAAGCGCACCUCAGUAGCUGUUCUGCUGACAAACCUCAUCAGAGGGAAACUGCUUCCCUCUGCUCGCCUCUGGAUAACCACACGACCUGCAGCAGCCAAUCAGAUCCCUCCUGAGUAUGUUGACAUGGUGACAGAGGUCAGAGGGUUCACCGAUCAACAGAAGGAGGAGUACUUCAGGAAGAGAUUCAGAGAUGAAGAGCAGGCCAGCAGAAUCAUCUCCCACAUCAAGUCAUCACAAAGCCUGCAUGUCAUGUGCCACAUCCCAGUGUUCUGCUGGAUCACUGCUACAGUUCUGGAGGAUGUGUUGAAGACCAGAGAGGGAGGAGAGCUGCCCAAGACCCUGACUGACAUGUACAUCCACUUCCUGGUGGUUCAGUCCAAACGGAAUACCGUCAAGUAUGAUGGAAAAGCUGAGACAGAUUCACACUGGACUCCACAGAACAAGAAGAUAGCUGUGUCACUUGGAAAACUGGCCUUUGAGCAGCUGAAGAAAGGAAACCUGAUCUUCUAUGAAUCAGACCUGAAAGACUGUGAAAUCGAUAUCAAAGCUGCCUCAUGGUACUCAGGAGUGUUCACACAGAUCUUUAAAGAAGAGAGAGGCCUGUACCAUGACACAGUGUUCUGCUUCGUCCAUGUGAGUUUUCAAGAGUUUCUGGCAGCUCUUUAUGUCCAUCUCAAAUUCGUCAACUCUGGUGACAAUAAGCUGUCAGAAGAAAUACCAACUAAUGAACCUGCGACACAUUUCUACCAGAAUGCUGUGAACAAGGCCUUACAGAGUCCAAAUGGACACCUGGACUUGUUCCUCCGCUUCCUCCUGGGUCUUUCACUGAAGACCAAUCAGACUCUGCUGCGAGGCCUGCUGACAGAGACAGAAGAUAGCUCAAAAGCCAAUCAGGUAACAGUUGAGUACAUCAAGAAGAAGCUGGAAGAGGCUCCGUCUGCAGAGCAGGGCAUCAAUCUGUUCCACUGUCUGAAUGAACUGAGUGAUCGAUCUCUAGUGGAGCAGAUCCAACAGUACCUGAGUUCAGGAAGUCUCUACAGAUAUUAUCUCUCUCCUGCUCAGUGGUCAGCUCUGGUCUUCAUCCUGCUGUCAUCAGAGAAAGAUCUGGAUGAGUUCAACCUGAAGAAAUACUCGGCUUCGGAGGAGGCUCUUCUGAAGCUCCUGCCAGUGGUCAAAGCCUCCAAGAAAGCUCUAUUGAGUGGUUGUAACCUCUCAAAGAAAAGUUUUCAAGCUCUGUCCUCAGUUGUUGGCUCCAAGUCCUCUCGACUGAGAGAGUUGGACCUGAGCAACAACAACCUGCAGGAAUCAGGACUGGACCUGCUGUUUGCUGCAGCAGAGAAUCCACAUUGUACACUGGAAACGCUCAGACUGACUGGCUGUAACCUCUCAGAGAGAAGCAGUGAUGUCCUGAACUCAGUUCUCAGCUCCAAGUCCUGCAGUCUAAGAAAGCUGGACCUGAGCAACAAUGACCUGCAGGAUUCGGGAGUGAAGCGUCUGUCAGCUGGACUGAAGAGUCCACAUUGUAAAAUGAAAACACUCAGGCUGAGUCUAUGUAACCUGUCCAAGGGAAGCUGUGAAGUUUUGUCCUCAGCUCUCAGUUCCCAGUCCUCUAGUCUGAGAGAGCUGGACCUGAGUAACAACGACCUGCAGGAUUCUGGAGUGAAGCAGCUGUCUGCUGGGCUAAAGAGUCCACACCUUAAACUGGAAACUCUCAGGCUGUCUGGGUGUCUGAUCACAGAGGAAGGCUGUUCUUCUCUGGCCUCAGUUCUUAGCUCCAGUGCUUCUCAUCUGAAACAUCUGGACCUGAGUUACAAUCAUCCAGGGGACCCUGGAGUGAAGCAGCUCUCUACUUGGCUGGAGGAUCCAAACAUUCUCAGUGUGGAGCCUGCUGGAGAACAGUGGUUGAGACCAGGUCUGAGGAAGUAUUCCUGUGAACUCACAGUCGACACAAAUACUGUACACAAACAGAUCCAACUGUCUGACAACAACAGGAAGAUGACAUAUGUGGAGGAGGAUCAGUCAUAUCCCGAUCAUCCAGAAAGAUUCGACUACUGCAGCCAGUUGCUGUGUAGCAAUGGUCUGACCGGUCGCUGUUACUGGGAGGUCGAGUGGAAAGGAGGAGCUUUUAUAUCUGUGUCCUACAGAGGAGUGGGAAGGAGAGGAAACAUCGCUGACUGCAGGUUUGGAGAGAAUAAUCAGUCCUGGAGUCUGACCUGCUCUGACAGUUCCUACACCGUCUGUCACAAUAGCAGGAGGAUAUCGGUCUCCUCCUCCUCCUCCUCCUCACCCCCGGCCCCCGUCUACAACAGAGUGGCAGUGUAUGUAGACUAUCCUGCUGGCAUUCUGUCCUUCUAUAAAGUCUCCUCUAACAAACUGGUCCGCCUCUACACCUUUAACACCACUUUCACUGAACCUCUUCAUCCCGGGUUUGGGUUUGGGUUCUGGUCCAGGAUUGGGUCUUCAGUGUCUAUGUGUUCUCAGGAGGAUGGAGAGUCUCCUCUUGUUUGAGAAAAAGUCACAGAAUCACACAAAGCUCAUGUUAGCUUCGUUCAAGAUCCAAAAUUGACUAUUGCCACGAACAGUGAAAAUCUAUCUUGGUGAAUACAGCUAAUGAUUGGUGGGUUGCUCUAUUAGACUUUCUCCGCUACAAACCUUCCUCACUAAAAUACAUAGUUUGAUAAAUCAAGUUUUGUUUGUCUACCAUCGCUACAGACAACUAGCUAGCUCAGUGUUUCACUCCUAACGUUUAACCAGAGUAAGUAGUAGGGCUCAUUCAAAGUACAUCAAAAUCUUAUUGUGAUUUCAGACAAUAAAUCAUCUUACGUUUUGGAUAUCCAAAAUAUCAUGAUAUGGCAUAAUUGUUUUUUUUCCUGGUUUUAAAAUCUGAAAAGUUACCACACUGCUCUACUUGUUCUAACAUUUGUCUUUACCCAUUUAAUCAUCAUAUCCACAUUACCGAUAUUCUGUUAAAGUACUAAUAGUCAUCCCCACAAUAUUGUCACAAUAUCGAUAGAGGUAUCUGGUAAAACAUAUUCUGAUAUUUUAUUUUGUCGCCAGUCUGAGCAAAGUGAUUUUGGGGAGAUUUAAAAAUAUUGUGACAAUAUUUUAGGGUCAUUUCACUGAGCCACACUAAGUAGUGUUUCAUGCAACUCUGCUGAAUAAUGCAGGACGCCUUAGUAACAUUCCAUGAACAGGGACUUUUGAUUUCUGUUCUGCAACAGUGAACACAACACAGCCUUUUAGUCCUGAUUAUGCUUAUGUAGUCACACUACAGCUGACAGAAGUAACUACCCCUUAUAGCAAAACAAUCCUCUGUGAUUGAAUCAAGAGUAUAUAGACACAUACAUGUAUACACGGAUAUACAGUAUAUACAUGCAUACAUAUAUUCAUACAUAUAUCCAUAUAUACAUACACAUUUAUACGUCUUUAAGGAGAAGUUUUACCUACACAAAAGCUGAAGGGAGUUAGUGUCUGGUUUUAUCAUCUAUUGCCUUAAUUUGUUGCUUCUUUAAAUAAUCAGUGCUGUGCUGCUGAUUUUAUUUGUACUGGUUAUGUUCUUUGAUUUAUAUUUCGAAAUUUUCAGCAUACAUUCUUAUUAUCCUAUAGCACUUUCCUAAGUCGUGAUUUGUACAGUGUAUCCUUGUGUUAUCGCUGUCUUUCACUUUAAAAAGCAUCACCUUUUUCUGUUUUCUUCUAUAUCAGACAGCAUUGUAGUAGCAAAAUAAUACCUUCUCACAUCUACAUUCAGUUAGCUUGAUUGAUAUAAUUGCAGCUAAGAUGCCUCUGCUAACAUCACAAUUUAUAUGUAGAAGAAUAACAGAUGACAGAGGGAGUAACUGCAGCACUCCUCUUUUCAUAACAACAUCAAUGAUGAUCAGUAUUGAUCCCUAAUAAGUUCUGAUCAUGUUUGACACAUUUCAGUGUAACAUACUGUUGCACUGAGUCAGUUUGACCACCGGGGGUCAGUAACUACUCCACAUAUCAGUCAGUUAAGUCCUGUAACAUUCAACUUCUUUUUUUCAGAGCCAGAUUUGAAAAGAAUGCCAAGGGGCCAACUUUUACUUUUCUAUGUAUGUCUGACCUGUAAAGCUCAUCAACAAAAUGUGUUAAAACAAUGCAAUUCUUUUUUAACAAAGAAAUAUUACAUGUUGCCCACAAGCCACCAGCUGAGUAGGUCUGUACUACAGACUACUGAUAACUGUAUUUACAGCAGUUUAAUAAUGUUUGUGUCACAUAUGGAGUGUAAUCAUCAGAUUACUAGACUGAAUGCUGAAAUCAUUUGUAAAUAUGUCAGCGUAUAUAUAAUAUUGUUGACAGUUCUCUGUUUACUGGUCCAGUUUAAUAUGAAGCACACAUGCUGGUAUUGGACGUCUGUCGGUUACAAAUAAUCACAGUCAUGUCUAGUAAUAUUCUGAUAUUUAAUCAUUCAGAAACAUUUUAAUGUGAUCUGUGUUAAUGACAUCAUGUAGUUUAUGUUUUCACCACCAGAGGGCACGUCACAAAAUAUGUUCUGUAUGAAAAGAGAAGUUAAAUCAAUUAAAUUAAAUUAAAUAAGUAAUUAAAACCACAAUGUAAAGGCUGAAUUGUAACUAAGCUAAUGAUGACGGUUUUCAUCACUGACUAAUCUGCUUAUUCUGUUGUAUAAUCCUGUUGUUUUAGAGUGAGUGUGAACUUUAUAUUGUUAAUCUGCAUCACAGGCAAAAUGUUUUGUGUGUAAUAAACAAGAAGGCGAUGUCAGAAAACAGAUUUGUCCAAACUGUGUUAAAGGCCAGCUUCAGUCAGGUGGAUGAAAUAUUGUGGGGACACCUUGAAAUUAUUGAGUCUAAAGAAGUGCAACAGACUUUGUAUGUGUAUACACACAUCGCAGUGAAAUACUUUGCCGGACUUUAAAUUCCAAAAUGAUUAAAGACACAACUGAAAAAGUUAUUCUUCAAGGACAGGAAAAUAAUCUGACUUCCUAUGGUAGUCUCAAUCUGUUGGAGGCUCAUAUGUUUCUGUACAGCCACUAAUCUUCCCACCACUGCUCUCAAACUUCUUGUUUCUGAAUUUUGUGCAUCUCAAGAAAAAAAAAAACAGAUGUGGUGUCCAGCAACAUAUCAGUGUGGUGCUGUUUAAACCUCUGUGUUCAUACAUUUAAAAAGUAACAUUAAAAUAUAGUCAGUAUAAAUGUGUUCCUUAGUGUUUUUGAAAGACAAAUAUUCAGGAACACAAGAAGACUGACGGAUCAUGAUUAUGA